ACACCGAUGGUUUCUAAGGUAAAAAGAUAAACUUUUCUAUAUUUCAGAGUAUAUCUUAUUGGGUUUCUCUGGGCAGGAAGUUAGAUUUUUCAGUAGCUAUGGCAAGAUGAAUUAGUUUUUGAAUCUGGGUUUUAGUCAUUGAAGAAAAAGUGACUUGCGAGGGAAGCAUCUUUGAGGACAAAUUCCGGAUGAGAUUGAUGAAUGUUCAUUUCUGCUUGCCCUGGAUUUGUCUUUCAAUGAGAUUUAUGUGGACAUAUCAUUUUCCGUAACAAAGGUGAAACAAUUGGAAAACAGUUAUGCUUGCACCAACGAAGCUGUAAGAAACUUACCAUUUUGUAAUACAUCUUUGGCUCACAAAGACAGAGCCAAUGACCUAGUUGCACGCCUUACCCUUCAAGAGAAGGUUCAACAACUCGUAAAUAAGGCUUCCGGUGUAUCAAGGCUUGGUGUUCCUGCAUACCAGUGAUGGAAUGAAGCACUUCACGGUGUUGCCAGUAGUUGGGGAGUGUCCUUCAAUUCAACUGUUCCAGGUGCAACAAGUUUCCCGGCGGUCAUUUUAUCUGCAGCAAGUUUCAAUUCCACACUAUGGUAUGAAAUGGGGAGUGUGGUUUCCACUAAAGCUAGGGCUAUGUAUAAUGUGGGUCUUGCAGGGUUAACAUAUUGGAGUCCUAAUGUUAACGUUUUUAGGGAUCCUAGAUGGGGUAGAGGGCAAGAGACUCCAGGUGAGGACCCCUUUAUUGUGUCCAAGUAUGGCGUGAAUUAUGUUCGUGGACUUCAAGAGAUAGGUCCAGACGGGAAUGUCACAAGUAAUGCACUUAAAGUCUCGAGUUGUUGCAAGCACUAUACUGCCUAUGAUGUGGAUCAUUGGAAAGAAGUUGAUCGCUUUUACUUUGAUGCAAAGGUCACAUUGCAAGAUAUGGAGGAUACGUAUCAGCCACCAUUUAAGAGCUGUGUUAUUGAAGGACAUGUUAGCAGUGUGAUGUGUUCAUACAAUAAGGUGAAUGGUGUUCCUAGUUGUGCUGAUCCCGAUCUUCUUAAAGGAAUAGUAAGAGAUCAAUGGGGCCUUGAUGGAUAUAUUGUUUCUGACUGUGACUCACUUGAGGUCUACCACAACCGAACCCAUUACACUGCAACUCCUGAAGAUGCUGUUGCGUUGGCUCUAACAGCAGGUUUAGAUAUGAAUUGUGGUAAAUACUUAGGUGACUAUACAGAAAAUUCAGUUAAACAAGGCAAAGUUUCAGAAUCAAUUGUGGACCAAGCGCUGGUUAACAAUUACGUGGUGUUGAUGAGAUUAGGUUUCUUUAAUGGAGAUCCUGCUAAACAACCUUUUGGUAAACUAGGACCAUCUGAUGUAUUUACCCAGGAUCAUCAAAAUUUAGCCCUUGAAGCAGCUAAACAAGGGAUAAUCUUGUUGGACAAUAAUGGAAUCCUUCCUUUGAAUCCUAAAACCACAAAAACUCUAGCCGUUAUAGGUCCAAAUGCUAAUGCUACAGAAGUUAUGAUAAGUAAUUAUGCGGGUAUCCCUUGUAAGUACAUUAGUCCUCUUCAAGGGCUUGAAAAGUAUGCGGCAGUGACUUACGAACCAGGGUGCGCCGGUGUUAGCUGUAGUGAUGGAAAUUUUAUAGAAAAUGCUGUGCAUGCUGCAGCAAAAACUGAUGCAGUCGUGAUAGUAGUGGGACUUGAUCAGUCUAUGGAAAGGGAAGGCUGGGAUAGAGUGAACUUGACAUUGCCGGGAUUACAAGAGAAACUUGUUACGGAUGUGGCUGAUUCAGCAAGUGGUCCAAUGGUUCUUGUUAUCAUGUCAGGGAGUCCAAUUGAUGUAUCAUUUGCGAAAAAUUUGAGUAAAGUAGUAGGGAUUUUGUGGGUUGGUUAUCCUGGUCAAUCUGGAGGAGAGGCCAUAGCUCAAGUCAUAUUUGGAGACUACAAUCCAGGUGUGAAGUGAACUUACUGGGAUUCGUGGAAGUCAACGUUGCUGUCUGUGAGAAAUCACAAUUCCAUGGAUUCCGGCCAAGAGUUUGGUAAAGCAGAUUCAUUGCAUAAGCAGCGUGUGAUGCUAAAGUGUUCGGC